AUGGGAGAGCAGGACGAGGAGGAAGGAGGCUCAAUACCUUCAUGGCAGCAUGCAGCCUCCACAACCGGCGACUCGGGUGCCACCACAUUGGAGCAAGCCAGAAAAUUCCUCCAAGAUGAAUCAGUCAGGGAAUCAAGCAGGGAAAAGAAGGUGGAAUUUCUCAAGUCCAAGGGCUUAGGCGAAGCCGAUAUCAACACCUUGCUGGACGAGACAGACCUCGGCGCAGCAGCAACAACCACAACAACGACCACUACUACUACAGGCACACAACACGCGCCCAAUGUAGAACCUCGAACCGAACCAGCCUAUGAAGGUGUCAGGGCGCUCUCAAACCCAGACAUCAAGACAGACCAGCCUCCGAUAAUCACCUACCCGGAGUUCCUCACGAAGCCUGCCAAACCCCCUCCUCUGAUCACCGCCUCCGGCCUCCUCAAUUCCCUCGGCAUAGUCGCCGGCCUCUCCACCUUCGUCUACGGCGCCACAAAGUACCUCGUCAGCCCCAUGGUGGACUCUCUCACCGAUUCUCGCGUCGAGUUCCACGAGAAUGCAAACAAGAACCUGUCGCAGCUCGUCGAGAAGCUGGAGCACGCCGUGUCCGAGAUCCCCGAGUCGUACCACACCGCAGGGAAGAGGGCGGCCCUCGCAGGGAGCACACACGCCGCCGCCGCCGAGUACACAGACGCAGCGGACGACGACGCCAGCAGCUACGACGACCCGACCGAGCUCUUCCACCGGGACGUGGGCGUGCAGACCUCGCCGCCCCCGACGCCGGGCGGGCUGUCCUAUCCCACCACGGGCGGCACCGCCGCGUCUGCCAAGCACAGCCCCGCGGUCGCGACGCAGCAGCAGGCCGACAAGAUGGGCCGGCUCAUCACGUCCAUCCGCGACCUCAGUGCCGACCUCGCCUCACAGGCCGACGGCUUCGGCGAGGCCAAGAGCGCCCUGGACGACUUCGGCCGCGACCUGCACGCCCUGACGUACCCGCCCGAGUCCUUCGGCGUCGGCAGCGGCUACUUGUACGGCGCGGCGCGGAACGAGCCCGAAGACGAGAUCAAGAAGGUCAAGAACAACAUCAGGAGCGUCAAGGGGGUCCUGCUCAGCACGAGGAGCUUCGCGGCCCCGACGAGGUAA